AUGUCCCUAGCGGACCUCAAAGUCGGCGGACUAUAUGUCAUCCUCCAAGCCCGCCAAGAACCACCCGAGCCCAACGAAUUCCACUGGGGUCUGUAUCUUCACUCGGACUCUGUGGGAGGAAUGGCAUACCGCGUCAUAGACACAGGAUCUGGCCUGAGACCCGAGCAUGAAUAUACGGGCGGGAUCUUCAGCUUUCCUCUUCUCACCGGUCUAUUCCGCAUCGCGGAUAUUGCCCGUCCCUUGCAUCCAUUCGUCGACAGGGUAAUAAGAUCCUACGAUGGUAGCCUGAACUGCCCUGGAAGAAGCAGUAACAGCAGGUUCUGGGUUCUGAAUGUUCUUGCAUUGCUGAUCCAGCCAACAGCCACUGGCUGGCUUCCGGUGAACUGUCACUACUUGCCGAUCUUGGAGCAGGAGAUUCGUGAUUGGGGGAAUCGAAUGUGGCAGGGUAGGAACUACUAUCCCUCGCCCAAACCAAUCGGGUCAUCAACGAUCUGCGGACUCCCCGAAUGGAAGAUACAGCGUGAGUCAUCUGAUUUACUGGGGGGAUAUCGAUUGACGUAG